CACCCUACCGCCUCCAAACCCAAAUCCGCACCCCGGAAAUCCCCAAUUCCGCUCUCUCCCUCUCUCCCUCUUCCCCCACCGCAGCAGCAGGCGAGCGCGAGGCGGAGGCGGAGGCGGAAGAGGAGAGAUGGAGUCGGACCAGGGCAAGCUCUUCAUCGGCGGCAUCUCCUGGGAAACGACGGAGGAGAAGCUGAGCGAGCACUUCUCCGCCUACGGCGAGGUUACGCAGGCGGCCGUCAUGCGCGACAAGAUCACCGGCCGCCCCCGCGGCUUCGGGUUCGUCGUCUUCGCCGACCCCGCCGUCGUCGACCGAGCGCUGCAGGACCCCCACACCCUCGACGGCCGCACGGUCGAUGUGAAGCGGGCACUCUCGCGGGAGGAGCAGCAGGCCUCCAAGGCCGCGAACCCUAGCGGUGGGAGGAACACUGGCGGUGCUGGAGGAGGAGGAGGAGGCGGUGCCGGCGAUGCAAGUGGUGCUCGGACCAAGAAGAUCUUUGUGGGCGGGCUGCCCUCUACUCUGACUGAGGAUGGGUUUCGGCAGUACUUCCAGACCUUCGGCAGCGUCACUGACGUUGUUGUCAUGUAUGACCAGAACACGCAGCGCCCGCGUGGCUUCGGAUUCAUCACCUUUGACUCGGAGGACGCAGUUGACCGUGUGCUGCACAAGACCUUCCAUGAUCUUGGUGGGAAGCUGGUUGAGGUGAAGCGUGCAUUGCCCCGUGAGGCGAACCCUGGUGGCUCUAGUGGUGGGCGUUCUGGGGGAAGUGGGGGUUAUCAGAGCAACAAUGGCCAUAACACCAGCUCUGGUAGCUAUGAUGGUAGAAGUGAUGGUGGCAGGUAUGGGCAGGCCCAGCAGGGCAGUGGUGGCUAUCCUGGCUACGGUGCAGGAGGCUAUGGUGCUGGGGCAGCUGGAUAUGGAUAUGGUGCUAACCCUGCAGUUGGAUAUGGAAAUUAUGGAGCUGGAGGAUAUGGAGGUGUUCCUGCUGCUUAUGGUGGACAUUAUGGAAACCCAGGUGCUGCUGGUUCUGGUUACCAAGGUGGACCUCCAGGCUCAAAUAGAGGACCUUGGGGCAGUCAAGCUCCAUCUGCAUAUGGAACUGGAGGGUACGGUAGCAGUGCUGGCUAUAGUGCUUGGAACAACUCUUCUGGUGGUGGCAAUGCUCCCAGUAGUCAAGCUCCUGGUGGACCUGCAGGCUAUGGAAGCCAGGGCUAUGGGUAUGGUGGAUAUGGAGGGGAUCCAUCGUACGCUAGUCAUGGAGGAUAUGGGGCUUAUGGAGGACGUAGUGAUGGUGCUGGCAAUCCUGCUACUGGUGGAGCAUCUGGAUACAGUGCAGGCUAUGGAAGUGGGGGCGCCAACUCUGGCUAUUCAAGUGCUUGGAGUGAUCCUUCACAAGGUGGUGGAUUUGGCGGUUCAGUUAAUGGAGGUGCUGAAGGGCAAUCAAAUUAUGGCACUGGCUAUGGCAGUGUGCAGCCCAGGGUUGCUCAGUAAAGAUAGGCAUUUUGAGUGUCUGUGAAAUGAACCAGUGCAUCUGGGCAGUCUAUGUAUUGAUCUGUCAUUCCAGUCUCUCUGAUUGCUCUCUGCAUUCUGAAGAUUGCCCAUUUGCUGGUUAAAUCAGUAUUUCUCCGGGUUGGAAUGCUUGAUCCUUUAGUGGCUUACUACUAGAACUUCCUAGUCAAUAAGUAGCUAUAAUGUGGAGUAGCAGUAUCUUGCGGAAUGCUUUUAUUAAUUUUUACAUUUAGCUUUAUCCAUCUGUGUGCUUUGCCAUGAGUGGAGUUUCAGGUUGCUCCAUCUCUAGUUAUAAGCUAGAGUAGCUUGACUGCUUAUGGACAAAAUUAUCUAGUUGUACCUCUAUUCUAAAGAUCAUAUAUUUGUGUUUGACGGUAGUAUUUAUGCUGGAUCUUGCUCUACCUAUAUUCUGGGAUGUUCUAUAUUUUUGGUGGUUGUAUUGACAUGUGGUAUUAUCAACAUUGAUGGUUUGAAACA